AUGGCUCACCAGGAGCUGAAACAGGCUCCGCCUGCAGCACUACACGAAAUAGAUGGCUCAUCCCAGGAGAACUUGGAUGAUAUCAACCUGGCACGCAUUGGCAAGCGCGCUGUCCUAAGGAGAAACUUUGGUUUGAUGUCAAUCCUGGGGUUCAGUUGUACGAUUCUCAUCACCUGGGAGGGUAUAACAGCGUUAUUCAUACAAGCCUUCCAAAAUGGCGGCCCGGCUGGGUCGGUUUAUGCCUUCCUUUUUGUGUGGGUUGGUGUCACAGCAACCUUCGUUGUACUAUCAGAGCUCGUUUCAAUGGCUCCAACAGCCGGUGGACAGUACCACUGGUGUUCGAUGUUGGCACCUCCGUCGGCCAUGAAACUCUCCAGUUAUAUCACGGGUUGGCUCACUGUGAUCGGAUGGCAGGCUACUUAUGCAACGGCUAUUUACCUUAAUGGAACUUAUAUCGCAGCAAUGAUCUCCCUGACGCAUUCUAACUACGUCCCGCAAGCAUGGCAUAUGACUUUAUACUCUUAUGCAACCGCAUUGAUCGGUCUGGCCAUCAACUGUGUGGGAGGCAAGCUUCUACCACGGUUCGAAGGGACGAUUCUAAUUCUCCACAUUCUUGGGUUCUUUGCGAUCUUGAUUCCCCUAACCUAUAUGGCCGACCAUAAAAGCGCCAAGGAGGUCUUUACUCAUUUUAUAAAUGAAGGACAAUGGCCAACCCAGGGCCUCUCGUUCUUCAUUGGAUUAAUAGGUCCUGUGUUUGCCUUUGCCGGUGGCGAUGCCGCUGUUCAUAUGGCAGAAGAGAUCUCCAACGCCCCUACCUAUGUGCCCUGGUCGUUGAUGCUCACUGUCAUGAUCAACGGAACCCUUGGUUUUGCCAUGCUUCUCGCCUUGCUCUUUUGCCUCGGCGACAUCGAUAAAGCACUGAAUGAUCCCACGGGAUUACCCUUUGUCGGCAUUUUCCUGCAAGCAACGGAGUCCAUCCCAGGGACAGUCGUUAUGGCUUCUAUAAUCAUUGUGUUAUGCUUCUGUACCUCAGUGGGCAUGCUUGCGUCCGCUUCGCGCCAAUUCUGGUCCUUUUCGCGUGACCGAGGAAUCCCUGGCUGGCAAAUAUGGAGUCAAGUCACAACGCGCACCGCAAUACCAACAUACACCGUCGUUUUCACCACGACCAUCUCGCUCCUUCUCAAUCUCAUCAACAUUGGCUCCGACGUGGCAUUCAAUAGUUUGGUAUCGAUGUCGACAUCCGGCCUGUACUUAUCCUACAUGGCUGUUGCCGGUCUACUCCUCUACCGGCGUUGCACUGGCGGAAUCAUGACCAGAAACAACGGGAGCCGGGGCUCAGAGAUCAAGAUCAACACGGCAGGAGCGCAGCUGGUCUGGGGCCCAUUCCAUGUUCAGGGUAUAUGGGGGAUCGUGCUGAAUGCCUUCUCGUUAAUCUACAUGUUCAUUGCCACUUUCUUCAGCUUCUGGCCUCCAAACAACCACGCAGAUGUGCAGUCGAUGAACUACAGCGUGGUCGGUACGGGAGGGACGAUUAUCCUCAGCCUUUUAUACUAUUUCGUUCGUGCUAGGAGGGUGUACUCCGGGCCCGUGGUGGAGAUAUAG